AACUAAAUCUUUGAGUUUAUAAUAUCAAUUCAUUGUUGAAUGUUCUUAAUGACUCGUCUGUCUUUGUUGAGUUUUAUUUGCAAUCCUUUUCCCCAUGCAAUUAAUAUUCUUUUCCCCAUGUUGGUGUUGCAUGCAUUUAAUAGAUUUACAUAUUAUUUACAUAAUAUUAUAGUGAGGAC